AUGUAUUUAAAGAAGCAUGAAUCAAAAUUACUACUAAUACCAAAAGGAGCGGAACAAGAAGAUGCUGGAAUCAUUGCAGUUCUCACUGACAGAAUACCCAGUGUGCUCAUUGUACGGUGGUUCGAUUUAUUCUGUUUUGGAUUUGCAAUGUGCUCAUACGUAUUGGACUUCUUCUCAGAUAUUGGAAUCGCGGUUUUUCAUUUUUGGGCAGGAAGGCACCUCUCCGGAUCCCUAGUCCUCACAUUCGCUCUGCUUCCCUCUGUUAUUAUCAAUAUUAUCUCGAUGGUUUGGAUGCUUGACGACGAAAUGCAUUGGAAACGAAGAGCACAUCCUCGCCGAACCGGAACAUUCGAGUUAAACCAAAAACGGUUCAUUUCAUUGGGGAAAAUGAUCACAUUGUGCAUAUUUCAAAUGGGACCAUUAUUCUGGUAUUACAAAGCGUUGUACUAUGGAUGGAUGUUCACCAAGAGCCAAAAAGACAAUACUGAUAGAGAAAAACGGAGAUUCUUCAUGAAAAUGGUCGAGGCUGAAAGAGAUGCGACUCUUUUGAGAUUCUUUGAAGCUUUCCUCGAAUCAGCUCCGCAACUCAUUAUCCAGGGAUCCAUUGCAGCCAACUAUUUCCAAAGCUACUACGCAUCCGGCACUUAUCCCUACUGGCUCUACUUCCAAGCAGCGUCUCUCACACUAUCAAUUAUUAGUAUUUCCUGGUCCGUCGUCGUUCAAAACCGUUCAUUACGAAUGACCAGAGAUGACAAAGUCAAUAUUUGGCCGCACGAAGCAGUACUGCAGUUUUGUUGGAGAUUUCUCACGAUCCUGGCGAGGAUUAUCACGCUGGUGGCGUUUGUACUUGUCUAUGAGAUUUAUACGAUUCCAUUGAUAUUCGGGCGUUUGCUAGUCACAUUGAUACAUGUCAUUUUUUUGCAAGCACUCCAUAUCGAAGCAUGCACGCAUAUUGAAAAACUACUUCUCGUCAUUAACGCUAUGAUUCACAUCUUCACUCCAUUCAAUAUGGCAGAGGGGAAAACAAGAUAUCGAUAUCUGGUGGCUUAUGGAGUUGAAUUCUUGGAAAUGAUGACAAUCUUCAUCAUACUCCCACCACCACUAAAUCUGUUCCCCAUGAUUGAUAAAGUGAGGGUUGGAGUACCCGUUUCUUUUACCAUUGGCAUCCUAAUAAUGAUGAUGUACUACAAGUUCUUCCACCCGAAUAGGCGACAACUUCUGGGAGCGGUAUCUCAGGUCGAUGUCAGUAGGAACGUAGAAAAAGAAGAAGUUGCAACAUCGUUGAAUUCGAGUCCAAUACCAGAGGAAAAACCAAAGGAAUUAACUGGGAAUGUUUUGGAGCACGAGAAUACGGAGAAAAAAGUAUUUGAAUCGCUUUUGGAAGACGAGUGUCAUAAUUAA